GAAACAGUAGAUUUUUUGAUAUUUUACUUAUUUUGUGCAUUUUCUUUAUUUUAUAUUUUUCGGAUUCUGUAUGAUGCAUUUUCCGUAAAAUAAUAUUAAUCAAAGGUAUUGAAAACAAUUCAUCCUGUUAGAGGUUGGGGGAACAUUGAAUUACCUAUGUUGUAUUGUAAGUAUUUACAAUACAUUUGAAAUAUAACGGUCAUGUUGGACAUCCCGGAAUAAAAAGGCCGAUUCAAAAUUAUAUAGUAUUGCCUGCCUAUAGAAAAUUACCAGAAUCACAUUGAAAAAGUACUCGGAUUUUGGAGUUGACUUGGAGUUAUGGAAACGUCAAAUAAUGGCAGUUAUCACUCUUCAUCUGAAUGUUUAAAAAUGAGGGAAUUGAUUGAUGCUAUCAAUGAAUAUUUGAAAACCAGAACAGAAAACAGUGCUCUGAUAAUCAAAAAGAUUCUCCAGACAUACAGUGUUUCAAUUGACGUCAGUGCUUUUGAUCCUGAUACAAGUCUUGGUGCACAAUUUUAUGUCAGCCUCUAUGAACUUUUCACAAAACUUGAACCACAGUCACCUAUGGCAUGGGAUUGUGUGGAUGUACUAUGUAAUGCAUGUCGCAACUGUUCAGCAAGACAAGCUCUCAUUGAUACCUACCAGUUUAUUCCAAGCUUGUCAAAGCAUUUAGGUGACCAGCUCAGUAAUGUUAAGAAAAAAAAGCUCCUGAGACUCAUGCAGGAUUUAACAUGUGGUAUCAAAUUAUCAUGGCAGAUUCCACAUUUACCUCAUUUAUUGAAAACACUGACAAGAUGGAUAGAAGAUAAAGAUCAAGACAUUGUAUGCUCAUCUUUGUGUGUUUUAGUUAAUCUGUGUUAUAAAAAUCUGCCAGCAAUUUAUACUUUAUCAACAAUUGUGGAUAUCAAAAAGUUCUUACGAUUUUGUUUGCCAUUGAAGGGGCCGUUGAUAGAAGUACAAGUUUGUAAGCUAAUGAUAAUUUUGGAUCGAUCCCAUAACGAAGUAACAAAUAAGACUUUGUUGAAUCUCAUCCAUCCAACCUUCAUUUCUGCACUUGAAUCUCUUACGAGAAACGACCCUGUGAUGCUUGGUCUGGUCAUCUAUUUUUUCGUUGACGUGGUCAACAGUGAGAGUGUUGAAAUUCUGAAGCAAUAUUCACAUUACAAUGAACAAGUAGCAGGACUCAUACAGCUGAUAGAAGUGAGGAAUACUGCUCCAGACUCAAAUACGACUCCAGUGGCUUUACAUGAACCAGAAUGCGUAAUGCUCAUUUUAAAAUUUAUAUAUACAAUGGAAAUCAACAAACUUGCGGAUUUAUCCAGUUUAUAUCCAAGAAUAAUCAAACUUGCACUUGACUGGUUGCAAUCUGACAGAGUUUCAUUUCAAGCUCUCAUGUUAUUGACAAUUAUAACAGAAAAUGCUUCCAUGGGGGAUGACAAGAAGAAAGUUUUGAAGUUGUUAUCUGCGAAAUUGCCAGUGUUUUUAUCCUUACUUCAGUCUGAUUCUUCGCCAAACAAUAUAGAAGGUUGCAAACGACUAGGAUCUCUAUUACAGUUACUAAGAACCAUGUUGAAAUCAACUUUCAUUUGUAAAGAUGUAUUGCAGUCUAUUAAUGAGACUGUGAUAAUGAAAGUGUUUUCUCCUGUCUUAUCGGAUGAGCUAAGUAUGGCUAACUUACCAAAAUUGAAGGUGAACGAAAAUAAUACAACUUCAACAGAUUACGUGAAUGCCUAUGUAUAUGCUGUUGGGUUGGUAAAUGAGCUAUCACAGCAUGAUGCUAGGUGGUUGGAGUUACUUAGUACUUUAAUGGAAAAUAGAACUAUCCAUGCCUUCUAUGCAUUAGCUCUUUUUGGUAGUGAACCCAAAGUCAAAGAGUUGGUUCUAGAAAUGUCAAAAUAUCCACGAUUUCCUAUUCAAAAAGUGGCUUCAGCUAUGGAAUUAUCACAAAAUAUGUUCAGUAGUAAUAGGAAACCUAGUCCCCCCAGCGUACACGGAUCUGGUGAUAUGGCUUAUCCAAUUCUGACAUAUGCACAGAUGGAGAUGUUGGAUGAUACUAUCCUCAGUUUGAAGCGACUUGUAAACGAAGAAAACAUCUCUAACGUAUCGACUAGUCAAGUAAUGGAACUCUAUCAGUACAAAAUAGCUUCUUUAUCCCACUCGGAACUUUCAGCAACUAAAAGUUUAGAAGCAGCUUCUGAACGUUGUGUACACUUGCAACAUCGUUUGGCACAAUUAACAGCAGAACACAACAAACUCAGUCAGUUGAUACACCAAUAUGAAAAUAGGAUAGAGAAGUCAAAUCAAACAAUUGAAGAGAUGGGGAAAAUUUAUUUAAGUGAAAAACAGCAGGCGAAAUCUGACGUCGGUAAAAUGAAAAAAGCUCUUGCUGACAACGAGAAUGAAUUGAAAGAAACAAAACUAAAACUGCUAGAAAUGACUGAAAUGAAGAAUAAUCUUGAACAGGAAGUUGAGAAGCGUGAGCAGGUUAUUCAAAAAUUAGAAGAAUAUAGCAACCGAGUGAAUAGGCAGUUGCAGAAAAAAGAAGAACAACUCACAAAUGCAAAUAGGCACAUAGAUACUCUGAAUUUGCAAAAUCAAGAUCUACAAAAAAUACUUAGUCAGAAAGAGGGAAAACUUUCAGAAAUUACCAAACAAUAUUUGGCAACUAAAGAAAUUCUCACGACCAUAACAAAAGUGGCGAAUUCUCAGAUGCCUUGAGUGUGAUGAAGGAAAUGUAUGAGAUAAUGACAUAUUCAAUUUAUAUUUUUUCAUGCCUCUGUGAUGUAUAUAUUUUUUAUAAGUAUCUGAUAUAAAUAUAUAUAUUUUUUAU